UUGCCAAACUUUUUACAUUAAUAUUACAUUUUACGGCAAAAAAGGAAAUACUUUACUUAUCAAAAUAUAUGUAUUCAUUUGUAUCAGGUUCUCCAAAAAACUACCCAUAAUGCUUCACAGAAGACAAGGACUCUCGCCCAGCAAAUCCACUCAAACCUGGACAUUAAAGGCCUCACUGCAGGAGCAGAGAGAUGAUGCAGGUGAUGGAGAUGAGCAGGAAACCUCUGAGGAGUGGCUCGAGUGGAGGAGCUUAGAGAGUUGUGGCCUCACUCUGUCCCACCUCCUGUCUCAUUGCUCUAGUGCUGCUGUAUUUGACAGAGAGGAUGGAGUGGACACACAGCUGGAGAUCAACUCCAAGUCCCUCACUGACUUCGAGAUGCAGCUUUACCAAGUGAUUGAGAUGUACCACAGGAGAGUACAGUGGCUGACUCGAGGCAGCAGAAAGAUCUUUGGGAUGGUGACAGGAUCCAGACUCGGAGUUCUCGUCGAUUCUUCUGACAUUAGCUGCUCUGAAGAAAGGCUCUCGGAUCUCCAGCGCUACCUCCUGCUUCUCGUUCAAGAGCAGCUACGCCUGAAGAAGCAGCUUCACUUCCAGGCAAUAGGCUCAAUAAGUAGCAGACUGUGGGAGAAACCGAGGGACGUUAACCUGAGGAGGCUGCAGGAGGUUCAGGAGUGGAUCCGGAACCUGAGGCCAAGCGGAGGCUGCAACCUGCUGCAGGCUUUGGAGACGACCCGGAGCCACACCCAGCUCGACAGUCUGCUGAUCAUCCUGAGCUCCUGUCCUGAUCAGGACCUGAAUGUUCUACUCUCCUUCGUGUCCGAGGUGGUACAGGAGAUGUCGCUGUCUGUUCACGUGGUGUCCUAUGACUCCUGCAGUCCUGUAGCUGUUGAAGUUGUAAAGAACAUCAGUAAAGUCACAGGAGGGAGAUUUCACCUCUUUUCUGCUUCACUGGGUAUAGUGGACAGCAGUAGUGAUUUGGAGCGUCUAUGGGCUGAAAUUAAAGCUGCAAGGGACGUUCUUCACAACGUUCAGGAAGUAUGGCGGUGUGAGCAACUAAACAGCACGCCAGUGUCAAUCGUUCCAGAGAUCAUGACAGAUUUGGACGGUGUGUCUCUGUCUGAUCCGGACUUUAUAGCCCAAACUGCUGCACUGUGUGUCCAGCCUGCAGGUCCUCUGCCGUACUCCUCUGCUGAGUGGCUGAAAACCCAUGGCCUGAGAGCCAAGAAACUGAAUGUGUACGAUGUGCUGGCUCCUUACGUCUACUCUCCACUGGAAGGCUUCGUCCCUGUACUGCGGAAGAACGUCAAGUCAAAAGUUCACGAGAAAGCAAUGGUGCAGUUCGAGUGGAACGACGGCGCAGUGAAGAAUCUGCACGUGGAUCUGCCCCUGCUGCAGAAUUAUCAGAGGCGGCUCCUGGAGGCUGAGUGUGUGUUGGAGGACAGGGUCAUGUGGUUAAACAGUACCGGCAGCAGGCAGAUCUGGGGAACAGUGUGUGAACAGAGCGUGCAGGUUCUGCUGGACAUGUCCGACAUGAGCUCCCAUCACCAGCUCCACAUUCGGCACGCCGUCCGACUUCUGCUGCAGGAACAACUUCCCAACACACACUGCUUCAACAUCAUAGCGUUUGGAUCAGAUGUGAAAAUAUGGAGAGAGAGAACAGUCCCCUCUAAUCACCAAAACCUUCAGGACGCUUGGGAGUGGGUUCAGGGACUAGAGUGUGCAGGGCGUCGUAAUACACUGGAUGCUCUCAGACAUGUCACAGAGACAGAAGCACAUACCGACUCAUCUCUUACUGGCGGAGUGUAUCUACUUACCACCGGCGCUCCGGAUCAGGCCAGUUCGUCCGUGUCUUCAUAUGUGUCGGAGUUCUGCACUAGUCUGCGGAUUCACGUGUGCCUGUUCACCAGAGAGGACGAGCCGCUCCGGUGCUCAUCUUCAUGUUACGUGUCUCAUGCCAAAGUCGCUCUUUUUCUGCGCAACCUAGCACACAGUGCUAAAGGCCGCUUCCACUGGAUCACAAACACAGGUAUAGUGGAGAGCGAUGACAUCACUGCUCUGGUCAGAGAAAUGGAAAAGGCUGCUGAUUACUGGGAAAAGUGCUGCGAGCUGGUGGACUCUCUGCUUCAGCGAAACUCCAGCGCAGAUCACGAUCAAGAGUGUCAGAGCCCAGUUCAGUUCGCUAAAGCUCAGACGCAGAAACACACACUUCGGCCUCCCAGAGAGACUCGGCUGAGCUCAGCCAGGCUGCGGAGAACAGAGGGGAAGUGCUCGCCAACAUGGAUGCCAAACAGUGCCAAAGCAGUCAUUCCUCCUGCACCUCCAGUGGUUGGUUGGGAGCCGGUCAAACCUACAAUCUCUGCUAAGGUGAAGAAAAAGCAAAGAGUGUCGCAUUCUGCUAUCGACUUGGAGGAAGACCGCCUGGGUUCUGUUUUUAAGCAUCUGAAAGCAAAAAGUGCUCAGAAGUUUGUUAAUAUCCCCAAACAUGAGGACAUCUCCUCCUCCAGACAGUGGCUGAAACAGUUUGGUGUCAGGAGUCUGAAACUGGACCUCCACAAGCUGCUCUCGGCUCCUGCCUGCACCCACCGUCAGGAGCUCGUACCGUCUGUCAGCAGGAGUGUGUCCGCGAGAUACUGCGCCAUCUUCCCCAGCGUUCACCUAAACGGACGAGUGCUGCAUCUGUUCCUGAGAUCGGGCGAGUUGAAGCAGUACCUGAUACAGACCGAACGGGUCCUGCAACGUUACACUCACAGGAUGCAGUGGCUGCUCUCAGGCAGCAAGCGUGUGUUUGGCUGUGUGUUGGAGAGAGACGUGUGUGUGCUGCUGGAUGUGUCGGGCUCCAUGUCGCCCUGGCUUGCGCCACUGCAGAGAGAGCUCACCUCACUGAUCUGGGAUCAGCUGCACGGCAACAGACUGAGAUUCAGUAUGGUGGCAUUCUCUGAAGAGGUGCGAGUGUGGCAGGACAAGCUGGUAGAGGCCUCAGAGGAGAGGUGCAAGGAAGCAGUAACAUGGCUGGGUCAGCUGAACACACACGGAGGAACCUCUAUUCUACAUGCACUGCAGGCAGCUUGUGUGUUGGGCGACUCAGUGGGUGUGUAUCUGAUCAGUGAUGGUCGGUGGGACUGUAGUUGCAAUCUGGUGCUGAAGGAGCUCGAAAGACUGACAUCAGGAAAGCACAUUACCAUCCACACGGUCACGCUGAGUGACCUGGACAGCUCAGCCAUGGUUCUGAAAAGCCUGGCCCACAAAACCAGAGGCCGGUUCCACCAGGUCCCUUCAGCUGCGGACACAAGUGCGGCUCAAGAGCUUCUGAGCAGCGGGUUCAGUGCUGGAGAGGACUCAGUUCUUCCAGAGUUUCAUAGUGAUGAUCUAAAAAGGCUGAGGAAUGAAAUUGAAAAGUUGAGAAUGUUCCACAAACAAGCCAAAGACCUCAGGGAAACGUUAUUGGUGAAGAAUCCAGAAGUUGUCAACACGAAGUAAACAAAUCAACAUCCACUGAACCCUUUGAACUUUUUAAAAUCUUGAUUCACUUUUACUCAAUAAAGUACUCUGUCUCCUCUACUCUACUCUUAAUUUAAAAUGUAACAAAGUGCAGUGUGUCUCCUCUAUUAGUCAUUGAUUGCAAAAGUACAUUUUCCUGUCCUUCAACACAUUUUGGUGCCACAUACUGUGUCCACCUCAGGGUGACAGUGAUCAGGUAAGAACAGACACAUUGUUCUGAGUACUGUACUUUAUUUACAACAACACUCUGUCUCUUAACGUCAGGACAAAAAUUGUUACAUAAAACAUUUAUUACAGACUUUUAGAGAAUGAGGGGGAAAUUUAUCUUAACUAAACAGUCAUGAUGAAACUAAUUGUAAUAUCAGAUAUGUUCUACUGUAUGUAACACUAAGAAAGUGUUAUGUUCUUAAACACA